AUGCGCGUCUCAGCUUAUACUGGCCUCUGGUCGCUGUCGCGCUGGGCUCGAGAUGCUAUACGAAAGAAGGUCUUUCUGUAUCAUAAGAGCGGUUUUCGGUCUGAAGCACGUCCUCAAGUCACGUACAAUCGCGCUACGUAUGACUUGGGGAAGUAUAUUCUCGGCGCUACUGGCCUAGUCGGGAUUUCUUACUUAAUCUACGCGCCUCAAAAUUGGAAACAUGCUGUAAAUUCGGAUGCCCCGGCCUCGCCUUCGAACACAUCUCGUAUGUAUACCUAUGAUGAAGUGAAGAGACACUCAACUGAGCGCAGCCUGUGGGUCAUCAUUCAUGGGAAGGUGUACGACUUGACGGGCUUCCUCCCCGUCCAUCCGGGAGGGCCUGCAAUUAUCCUUUCCAAUGCCGCAAAGGAUGUAACAGCCAUAUUUGAUGCACACCAUUCUCAAAGAUUCCUUACUACUAUGCUCACCCCUGAACAAUGCCUUGGGGACAUCGAUGCACCCACAGUCCCUCAAGAUGCUGUCAUAAAAUCGGGUGAAGGGCAGCGGAUUGUGCUCGCGCACAAGAAUAAACGUCCGAUCCACCAGAUGAUCAAUCUAGAUGACUUUGAGAAUGUCGCGGAGACAGUCUUAACAAAAACUGCGUGGGCGUACUAUUCCGGUGCGGCUGAGGAUGAUUCAAGUCAUCGCAACAAUCUGAGCUCCUACAGUCGCUAUUGGUUCCGUCCCAGAGCGCUGCGAAAGACGCGUGACGUCGACACUUCGACAACAUUUUUGGGUAUACCAACGUCGCUUCCAGUAUUCGUAUGUCCCGCGGCGCUUGCGGGUUUGGGGAGCCCGGACGGUGAAGUCCCCAUUACUAGGGGUGCGGCUGUGUCGGGCAUUGUGCAAUGUGUAUCCAAUAAUUCAACUUGCACUGUCGAAGAAAUUGCAGCAGUCAAAAGCCCCGACCAAACUUUAUUCUUUCAGUUAUACAUUCAUCCCAAUCAUGAAAACUCAGCAGAGAUGGUUCGAAAAGUAGAACGGCUGGGCUUUCGGGGAAUCAUACUCACGGCCGAUACCCCCGCAUUGGGGAAGCGAGAAAGUGACAUGCGCACCAUGGCUGCAGUUUCAGUUAGUCUUCUACUAAAGAACGAUGCAGAACUGGGUGUCGCACGGGGUUUGGGGUCAUUCUUCGACGAGAAUCUGGGAUGGGAGGUGAUGUCGUGGCUCAAGACUCUUACAAAGCUGCCAAUUAUUGUCAAGGGCGUUCAAUGUGUUGAAGACGUGGUGCUUGCAUACGAACAUGGCGCGCAAGGGGUUAUACUCUCAAAUCAUGGGGCAAGUGACAUAUACAUUGCACCUGCGAGCAUCGAUAUUCUAUGGGAGCUUCGGCAAGAAAGACCUGAUAUGUUCGAGAAGAUGGAUAUUUUUAUCGAUGGGGGGGUGCGUCGAGGCUCUGAUGUCUUGAAAGCUCUGUGUCUCGGCGCAAAAGGGGUAGGCAUGGGGAGGCCGUUCCUUUAUGCAAAUUCUGCGUAUGGUAGGCUUAUUCCGGUCAGUUGGGAUCGGAGACGCGUCCUAAAAGGCUAUCUUCCUCAGGGGAGGCUGGGGUUGUCAAGGCUGUCGCAAGUCAGUGCAACUUGCCUAGUUCUCAUUCAUCACCAUAAUAUUUACCCGGGUGGUUUCCAUUAG